AUGUCGGGCGAUCCCUCCCUUUCGAUGCCUCCCGAAGGAGGUCUAGACGGUUUGAACGCAACUGUCAAGGCUGCUCUAGUCCCCGAAACAAUUUGGGAGACUCUCCAAGAUUUCAGCUUUCUCGCCUUGGAGCUGAAGCUUGUCCUCAGUGCCCUAGGAAUCAUUUACGUUGGAGCCCAUGCCGCGCUCCGAAGACCUCCAUCAGCAGCUCCCCCAAAGGCCAAAAGAAAUGGUCAGAAGCCAGAGAAGGAGGAGCACUUCUCCCAGGGCCUAGAGCUCUCUGACGCCAUUAUGUUCCCCCUCAUGGCAGGAAUCAUGCUUGUCGGUCUCUACUAUCUCAUCCAGUAUCUCCAAGACCCGGAAAUCCUCAACAAGAUCCUACGCUGGUACCUGUCCACCAUGUCUAUUCUCAGCUUGCUCACCCUAUACACCCAUGGCUUUCAACUGGUUAGCUCCUUCAUCUUUCCACACUACUGGCGUGGCAAGGAUGGCAAGCUUCGUCGAGCCGACCAGAAGGCUAGGGCCGUGAGAGUAUGUGAUGAUGCUGGAAACCUCGUCGAAGCUUCCAACGCGAAUUCGAGCCCUCUACCGUGGCCAUUAUCCAUUCUCGCCCCCACGGCUAGUGCAAGAAAGGCGGCGUGGGAUAUCCGCAGCCUUGCUGUGCAGCAGUGGACUUUCAAAUUCUACGCCCAUGGAUUUGGAGAUGUGACGACCAAAAUCCAGCUUUCCCACAUGAUGGCAUUUGUUGCCGCUGUCGGUACUGCCAUCGCAUAUACAUCGACCAUGUCUCCCUUCCUCUCCAAUAUUCUUGGUUACGGACUCUGCUAUGGAACAUUCAUGCUACUCUCUCCGACAAACUUAAUGACUGGAACAUUUGUCAUGAUUGGUCUCUUUUUCUACGAUAUCAUCAUGGUUUUCUACACGCCUUACAUGGUGACUGUGGCGACGAAACUAGAUGUUCCUAUCAAGCUUACUUUUGAAGCGGCGGAGAGGAAAAGCAUUUUGGGAUUGGGUGAUAUCGUUCUUCCUGGUAUUGUGAUGGCCUUCGCUCUCCGUCUUGAUCUAUGGCUUCACUACCAGCGCAAGAUCAAGUACGAGCCGACCGAGUUGAAGCUCAUUGAGAAGGACGCAUCCGGUGCGCUCGUCACUCGUAGCGAGACCAAGUAUCGAGAGAUCAAGAUGCCCUAUAUCGACGUCAAAAAUAGAUGGGCCGACCGUUUCUGGUCUCAAUCUUGGCUAUCUUUUAGACCUAGCAACGCCCCUCUUGAGCUCGCCGGAUCCCGCUUCACCAAGACCUACUUCACUGCCAGUCUUGUAGGAUACAGCCUUGGUAUGGGCGUCACGUUGGCGAUGCUGUUGAUCUUCAGGCACGGCCAGCCGGCAUUGUUGUACCUUGUCCCUGGUGUCUUGGGAUCCAUCUACCUCACGGCUUUGGUACGAGGAGAGCUCAAGUUGAUCUGGGGAUAUACUGAAGAUGGAAGCCUUGACACGAAAGAUGUCAUUGUCGAUGUGGAUGGGGACGGCCGUGCAGUCAAAACGCUUGGAAAGCUUGAGAAUGGAGUGGUCAACACCACGAUUGACAUUUCCAAUCCCACCCAAGAUGACACGCACAAAGGCAAGUCUGAGAACAAGAGUUCCGAGAAAGGUAAUGAGAAGACUGAGCAGGCCAAGAAGAAAGCCCACCCGGUGCUUUUGAUUUCACUGGAAGCGCCUGCGGAAGAACCUGAGCAGUAG